AUGCCGGAUAGCAAAUCAACCGUUGACUUGCUUUCGUUUAGUGAGCGCGACAAUGGAUCGUUUAUUCCAACUAUUUGCAGCAAAUUGAAUGAUUUACUGAAACCUACAGCAUGGGAGCUGUCCGCCAAUUUGAUAGAAAUUGCUGUAUCUUUGAAAUUUUUAAGGAAGAAAAGUCGGGAGAAGGACGCUUGUCAAAAGAUUUCCAAUGCUUUAUGCUUAAACAGUGCGUGUCAAAUCGCCUUAUUAAGAUUGCUGUUUCUGUUAUGCGUUGGAGAAAAUGAUUUUGAUCGAACCUGGACAUUUCGAAUAAUAGAGCCUGGUUUACAGUUAGCAUUGGGUGGUACAGUUGUGUUAAAUAACUUGUCAACGGAGCCUGUAUCUGCUUCCGUAUUAGAUGAGCUAUUGCGGCUUGCAUAUGCUGUCGGUUCUUCAAAAGAUCUUCCAAAGAGCUACUCUACAGCUCAACUCUCACCCUUUGUAAUACAGCUAUGGAAGGAAACCGGUACAAGGGAUCCUUCCUAUACAAGCAACACAUCAUGGCACAUCGUCAAUGCAUUACUGGUGCUUCCUCUGCAAAACUUAACCUCCUCCUCUCUUUAUCAAAUCACAGAUAUAGCUCUUACAGCCUUGGAUGUCUUACUACCCUUAAAAGGCAUCCAGCUCCUUGAGGCUGGAAACGCUUCCUUCAAAGUACCGAAUUUUGCUUCCGUAUUCUUAACGGCUAAAGAACUAGAAGUUCGGCUUUCACCGCUUUUAGCUUUGUUACAAAACAUCGUUAAAGUAAAUGAUACUCAAACAUGUCGGUUACUCGAAUCUCGACUUUUCCCUUCCGAAGCUGACCGAUCCGCCUCUCUCGCCUUUGGCAGUGGCUUGCCCUCGCGGCUAUUGCGACUACUGGUUAUUCCUUGCUUCUUACAAAUGCCCCAACAGGUAGCUCAUCUUUACUACAGUCUCUGUAGAGAGAAUGCGAAAGUUUUAACGGACACUAUUGGCUUCGGUUAUGCUUCUGGCAUUUUGCGCGUAUGUCAGGAACCAACAGACUCCACUGUGUCCAAAGACUCCCUCUUUUCUGGUCUAUCUACUGCAACCGCUGAUAAUGUGAAUCCAAUCACUGGCGGUCGUACAGAGUCCGAGAAACCUGUUCCGGAAAUGUCGAUGGAGGAAAAAGAACGAGAAGCUGAACGUCUUUUCGUUCUCUUCCAAAGACUUGAAAAGAACGGUAUGAUCCAGGUUGAAAACCCGGUAAAAAAAGCCGUACGUAGUGGUCUUUUUGAAAACAGCAAUGAUAAUAAUGCUUAA